CUAUUUUGAUAUGUAGAUGCAGUGGAGUCUGGUCAGCUUUUUGCAGCAUCAGCAACCUUUGAGACUGCAAAAGAGAAACGAAGUGAGGACAUGGAUACAGACCGGCCUGGCGGCGACGAAAGAUCCAAUGAAAGUUUAUCAGAUGACACGGACAGUGAGUCAUCAGCUCCAGGUGGUUUCCAUCAUGGUAAUAUGGCAGGAGGAGCGUUUUCUGUAGAACAUGAGCGCCCAUCUCUAGAGUCUGGGUCACAAAGCAUCACCUCCAUGUAUCCAACCGGUGAAGACGCCUUGGCCUGGAAUGACUGUCUCCAGGACUUCUUCAAGACUGAUGAGAACACGACAAGGAUAAUCCAGGAGAGCUGGCCAAGUAACCUACUAGUCAAGCACCUCAUCAGGGACAGGUUUUUCCACUCCUACCUAUGUGAAUACUGGAAACACUAUAAAUGCUUUCCCGACACUCUAGCAGCUUUUGUAGAAUUUGUUACCAAAGUAUGUGCAAAACACUUCUGCUUAGCAAAACUCAAAAUUAGUGAUUUUGAGUCUAUCUAUGAAAGUCACUGCCUCGUGUUGGGAAAGGCAGCUUACGAGAAUGAAACAAAAUAUCAGCAACAUCUUGUUCAUCACAAUCAACUAGAAUGGGAUGAUAUUCGGCGAUCUAGUUUUGGACUUUUACAGUCAGUAUCUACGGGCAGCGUUAGCAGUGGUUCUUUCCAGUUUGUGCAUGACUACAUACGGCAAUUUCUUAUUGCAAUGUGGAUAGCACACAUUUUUAAAACUAAGGCUGACCAUGAGAAACAGUUCAGGGAUUUCGUUAAAAAAUCACACAGUCUUCAACUCAGCUGCUACUGUGUAGCCCACCUACUUGGCCAGUCCGACAGCCAUACGAACCUGCUGAUGCAAUAUGUAGACUUACUAAUUAAGGCAGACACUGAACAAGGGGAAUUUGACCACUUAUUGUACGCCGUUACUAUAGCUGCGGAGUCAAAACAAUUUGACAUACUUACACCCAAAGUGAAAUGCUUUUUCCCAGAGAAAACCCUUGAUUUAUCUUCUUCCCCAGAAAUUUCCUUCCAUGGACUCCACAGCCUGAAAAAUGUCAUAUCCAAGAAAUCAAUUAUUACCAAGAUACAGCUCCCAAACAACAUAAAAAGUGAAGACUUGCAAAAUAUGUACCCAUUCUGCAGACGCGGAAGUCCCCAAAGUAUCAGUCAUAACCAUCAAAUCCGUUGUUUAAGUUAUCUGCUUUUAUUCCCGACUGACACAACAGAUGUCGAUACACUAAACUUUAAGAGAACUGACAGUGUCUUACAAGUUAAACAUAUUCAGAAGUACCUUUUGUGUAGCCCCUCGCUGCAAGCACUAAGCAUUAAAAAGGAAGGAAUCAAUUCGAAGGCGUUUAUAGAAAUUGCCCAAUAUUUUCUAUUUACCCCAUCCCUCACCUCAUUAGCAGUCCGAUGCAAUAGGAUAUGGACACAAGAAAUGAAAACAAACGCAAGAAGAUGCCUUGCAUCAUGUAGGAACUUAAAGAUUGUGAAACUUCCUUAUUUCCUUGUGGUAGAAAUGCCUUUCCAGCAUUGCCUGGAGGAGAUAGAUCUCAGUCACAAUUACCUUGGUCGUGAGGAAGUGCCAGGUUUGGCAGAAAGUCUCGGAUUUUUUCAGGACCUGAAGAGGCUGGACCUGAGUUAUAAUAACUUGACUGGUAGCGGAGACUUCUUACCGGCGUUACCCAAGUUGAGGGUAAUAAACCUUAGCCAUAAUUCCCUCCGUGACAAGUCAGUUUCUAAUUUGGCUGAUGGUUUUCGUUCAUGUCAGAACUUAAAGAAAAUAAACCUUAGCCAUAACAAGUUCUCUAAAAGGGGUCAUCUCUUGAAAUCCCUCCCCAACCUAGAGGAGAUAGAUCUAAGUCACAACGCCUUACGUGGUGAGGCAGUACCUGGCAUUACUGAAGGUCUUGGCUCGUGUCGGAACCUUAUGAAGGUAAACCUUAGUCACAACGGGUUUCCUAUCAAUGAAGGCUUCUUACCCUCUCUCCCAAAAUUGGAAGAGAUAGAUCUCAGUCACAAUGAUAUCAUCGAUGUGGAAGUGUCUCGUAUUGCUAAAGGUCUUGAUUUAUGCGAGAAUUUGAAGACAGUCAAUCUCACUAAUAACAAGAUCUCCAAUAAGGGAGCAUUGCUCUUGUUGCUACUAGAGCGAUGUAAACAGUUACAAGUGGAUAUAUCGGGAAACAACAUAAGUGAUGACAUUGUGUCUCUCCUUGAAAAAAGAACAGACGCCAGCCAGGUUGUAAAAUUGCAUUUAUCGGCAGAGAACACUGAGGCGGGUGUUGUUCCUCUAUCUGUUGCUACUGUCACACUCUUGCAAGAGUUCCUCCCACAGAUGUCGAAAUUAGAGGAGAUAGAUCUCAGUGGUGGCAGCAUUGUUGAUGCAGCAUCGCCCUGUCUUGCUGAAGGUCUCGCUUCGUGUCAAAACCUGAAGAAGUUGAACCUUAGUCAUAACGAAUUGUCUUGCAGGGGAGACUUUUUACCUUCUCUUCCCAACUUGGAAGAGAUAGAUCUAAGUCAUAAUACCAUCAAUGAUGAAGCUGUUCCUGGUCUUGCUAAAGGUCUUGGUUUAUGUCCAAAAUUGAACAAAGUCGAUCUUUCGUUUAACAGAUUAUUGAAUAAGGGAGCUUUGCUAUUACUGUUACAACAAACAUCUACCCAGUUGCUGAAGAUAGAGAUUGCAGGAAAUGAUGUAAGUGAGAAGUUAAGACAUCUGUUGUUGAACAGACCCCGGAGCAGAACAGAGGUUAAAAAAUUUGACCUCAUGCAUACAGGUAUUUUAGACAAUGUCACCACAUUUUCUGUUACUGAAGCCCUCAUUUUACUACAGUUCCUCUCACAGCUUACCAACAUGGAGGAGUUAGCACUUUGUGUCAGCUAUCAGGAGGAUAGAGGGUAUGAACAUAUCAGCCAACUGAAUGAAGAUCCACAUCCAUUAAAGAAGCUUAGACUUAGCCUAAGGGGCUGGUCAGUAGGUACCGCGAUGCUCUUAACGAAGAUGUUUCAACAGUUUUCUUUGUUAGAAGAAGUAGAUCUCAGUGGCAGUGACAUUGGGGAUGUGGCAGUGCAUGGUCUCACUGAAGCUCUUACCUCAUGUCAAAACUUGAGAAAGGUUGAUCUUAGUCAUAACAGGCUAGUUGAUGUUGGGGCACUGAUUGAAUCAUUCUCCAAGCUUGCCAAACUGUCCAAUGUAUAUAUUGAUACAAAUGCCAUCGAUGACAACACCCUCCCCAUUAUAGCCGCGUGGUUAAAUCAUACCAUUGCCAUGAAGGAAAUCAAGCUUCAUUAUAAUAAGUUCAGUGCUGAAGGGGUUAGGGAUUUUGUGGAAAUUAUCAAAGGUCGAGCUCAACGGCUUUUAUCUGAUGAACUCCUGUAUGACGGCACUCAAGGUGUGGAAUCAGACGGGGAGAAUGUAUGGUGGGGAGAACAACAGUUGGAGAAGUUGAGGAGGGAGAGGGGGUUGAUUGUUGUGAAAGUCGGGCAGCUGACUGUUCGGAUUUCUCACGAAGGUAACCGAUCGUAACCUUAUACCAUGUCUUCCAUCCCCCAGUAUAACCAUUUGACCUAUACGGAGUUGUGUAUCGGUGGGUAUCUCUCCAUAUGCGCGUCUAGUCUUGCAUAAAAUGCGUUGCGUCUCGUGGCACCGUCACAACGUGAUGAUGUGCUACCAUGUAGCACUGAUAGAACAAAAUACUAACUUGAGCGCAGUGUCACAUGCAUUGUCUUUUUCUUAAAGCAAAUGGAGAAGGUGAUAGUUCAAAGAGCAGUUAUGAUAAGAGUUUUCAAAAAAUUGAAAUCAAAAUUUCAUUUUGGCGGAAAAAUUGGAAAGAGGGGAUGUCAUCUCAUUUUGUUUUUUCAACAUAGGAUUCUUGAAUCUCCUUAUGGUGAAAAAAAUGAACCCUACUCUGUCCUUGUUUUCAUCCGAGGUUGAACCCUUUUUGCUGAGUUUUAUACCAUUGCUAUCACAUGCCAAUGUAGUUAACCUGUUUUUCAAAGAGAAUGUACCUACCAUUAAAAAACAUGAGAGGAAUAACACCCUUAUUAAUCACUUUAUCUAUAUAGUGGAGAAAGAUAAUUUGAAUUCCUAUAAUUUAAAACGAAAACUCGUUCAUGUUCGGAAGAUAAGAAUGGCUUCUGUCCUAUCGGCAUGUCAGCGGUAUGGCAUGAUUUGUUUAUGUCCAUAUCUCCCAACGCUGAAGAUAUAUUUGUCAUUGAGAAUGUUUCAUCCGAGAAAGGCCACUCCAUUUCUUCCCCUAUACCGAAAUAUAUAUCCACUGUUAUGCAACUCGUAGAACCAAUAUGUUACUCACCACGUAAGACACAGAAAUGGAACGUGCCCUGUACAUUUAUCAAUGGAAUAGCCUGUAUACACGACAUACCUGCAUCUUAUGUGCCUCUGUAAAUUUUAUAAAUGCAAGCUAUGCCAGUUCAACAGACUGAACAAAUAGCACAGUCACAUAAAACUUGUAAGAAAGCGAAUGUUGUAAGUACUUACUAGUACAUACCCCUUGCAAAUAUGUAAAUCCAAUGAAUAUGUAAAACUUGUAAAUAUGUAAAUCAUGUACAAAAUGUAACUAUGUAAAAACUUGUAAAAAUGUAAAACCUGCAAAUAUGUAAACCCUGUUUGUGUUUGUGUUAGGCACUCUAAUAAGGACCUUGUAUAUUACAGCCUUUUCGAAACUAAACCUUCAAACCUGCCCAUAAGCAAGAGUAUGUUUACUCAAUUUUACAUAACUGAAGGUAUACAUAUUGUCAUUAUUUUAUUCGAUUUAUUUAACGAUAUUCGAAAGUUAGUUAUUCGUCAAAAUUUACUCGUCCUUUUACGAUAUCAAAGUUGGGAUGAGUCAGAGAUGCUUCUACUGUGACGUGAUUAUAGCAUGCGUCUGAUGCAUGAUGUAAGUCAAAGUUAGUCAAACUGAAUACCUUUGUGUGAUGUAAAAUGCUCUAAUUCAUAUUCAUCUCGUGAUAAAUAUUAUUUCUAUCAUCUUUAAGUUCUUUUCAAUGAUACUUCUGAUCUGACCACUGAAUUGCCCAUAAUUCCAUAUCAGUUACAACUAUAUAGUUACAAGAUAGUAGAUAAUAUGUAGCACGCAAAGGUUGUAAGUUGCAUUUUGUGUUGUCUUAUUCAUAAACGUUGAAAUAAAUAGAUAUCGAUUUCAAAUGUGAUAUUCUUAGCUUUGGUCCACAGGUUUUAUACAACUGAUGAUGAGAUUUCUUUUCAAUUAUAUAUCGAUU